ACAACGAUCUCGCCAUCCAUCCGGCAGCCAUCAGCCCGUGCAUAUUCGCCGGCACAUACAAGCCCCUUGCGCACGCUCUCUGCACAAGCCUUGCAAUCAUGUCUCGACCCGAGCACACCGCCCCUCCGGAGAUCUUCUACAAUGACGACGAAGCCAAGAAGUACACUGUCAACACCCGAAUCCAGACCAUUCAGGCCGAGCUGACGUACCGCGCCAUGGAGCUGCUCAACCUCGAGAACGACGUCCCGAAAUACCUGCUCGACAUUGGAUGUGGCUCGGGCCUGUCGGGCGACUGUCUGUCGGAAGACGGGCACAUCUGGGUUGGUCUGGAUAUCAGCGAUGCCAUGCUGGGUGUCGCCCGAGAGCGCGAGUCCGAAGGAGACCUUUAUUGGAGCGACAUUGGCCAGGGUGUCUUUUUCCGUCCAGGCACUUUCGACGGAUGCAUCAGCAUCUCGGUGAUCCAAUGGCUCUGUAACGCCGACCGGUCCUCGCAUGUGCCCAAGAAGCGACUGCUGCGGUUUUUCCAGACACUGUACACAGCCAUGGCACGCGGUGCCCGGUGCGUCUUCCAGUUCUACCCCGAGAACUCAGACCAGGUCGAGAUGAUCGUCACCCAGGCGAUGAAGGCCGGCUUCACGGGAGGCAUUGUUGUCGACUUCCCCAACAGUACCAAGGCCAAAAAGUACUUUUUGUGUCUGUUUGCUGGCUUCCAGAACGACCCUGCAAACGCCCCCAAGCUGCCCGAGGGGCUUGCAGAAGAGGAGGAUCCUGCCAAUGUUCUGUACACAAGCAAGAGAAUGCAUGACCGCCGAAAGGGCAAAAAGGCCAAUAUCAAGGACAAAAACUGGAUCCAGCGCAAGAAGGAGCUGGGCCGGAUCCGCGGCAAGAAGGUCGCCAACGAUUCCAAAUACACGGGUCGCAAGCGUGGGCCCAAGUUCUAGAGCAGGACCGGGAUAGCCGAAUUGCUCGAAGCCUUUCCCACGACCGCAGUCGCUGGUUCAGCCGCUGGUGC